AUGAAGCCUAUGUUACUAGUUCUCUCCUUCCUUCUGUCAACCUCUAUGAUAACACUGUUUUCCGAAGCAGCUAAAGGUUCAGGAAAUGUAUUACGUGACCUUAAAGGCGCUAAAGCUUCAGGAAAUGUAUUACGUGACCUUAAAGGCGACGAGCUUCGCACUGGUACCCCAUAUUAUAUGAGGGUAAAUAACUUCUUUCUUGGUGGUGGUGUCAGCCUAGACAAAGGGAAGAACACCUGCCCAAUUGAUGUAAUUUUACUACGAAACCCACUUGAUAGUGGUAUCCCUGUAAUAUUCUCAACUUAUGAUGGGGAAAGUGUAAUUACGGAUUCCACAUCCACAUACAUCAGUUUUGAUACCAAUUCUAGUUGUGCUGAAUCAACCACAUGGAUAGUUGAAGAAGAUGAGUCCUCAACAUCAGCAAAAUUUUUUGUGACUACUGGUGGAGAUAAAGAUUAUGGAAACACUGUAUUCAGGUUGGUCAACGACGAACAAUUGGCUUCCUACUACAAGCUACAAGCCAGAUACGUGACUCAUGGCUUAGCCGCUAUCAGUGAUGUUGGUUUCGAAGCCCGCUUUUUUGCAGCUAGACGUUUGGCUAUGAAAGAUCCACCAUUAUUGGUUUCAUUUACGAAAGUCGAAGACUAUAUUAAUGGAUUAAGAGAUGAGUAA